AUGAAAUUCAACUGCUUUCGCCGGGUCUCUGACCAUGAACUCACUCUCGAAGAGGCUCCUCGUCGAGUCAGCUCUGGAACUAUCAAGCGUGGCAUUCGCCGUCAAGGAACCGAUCUCUCGAUUUCAUCACGUACCAGCUCCAACGCCAGCAUUGCCAGGCUCCCUCCUUGCCGAGGCUCAAGUCCUAUCAUUGAGGCCAUGAUGAUGCCUGUGCCUCCGGAACCUCGUCCUAGCAGAUGCCUCCGAUUAUCACAGCCGAAGACUUACAGCAACAUCGUGUCUUCCAUGAAGGAGACUCGAGGCACCCGGGAUUGGCGAAAUUUCGACGUCUUUCCCACUGACGAUACCGACGACUUCAUCUCCGCUGACGAGGUUGCACGGGAACGUGCAGCCGACUGCGAGAAGAAAUGCCAAAGAUUCGACCGGAUCUCGUCAGCCACCAAGUGA